AUAUAUUAAUCUAUAUUCGAUCUAAUGAAAAUUCAUCUCUUUUGAUUCAUUGAAUUCGAGCUUGAGAUGUCGCUGUCAUUGAACUGGUCUGAUGAGAAUUGCAAACCAUAGAAUUCAUCUUUCCAAGUUCCCAUCCCAGUUUUCAUCUGGGUUAUUGGUUUCUUAAUUGUUAGUUAUGUAGUUGAAUCACAGUGUGAGCUUCAUGAGGCAGGAGAUUGAUCUGACUACUUUUGUCCUUGAGAAAAGCAUACAAAAAGAAUAGGUGAAGGCCUGAUGAUGAAUUUCUGCCUCAUCUACUUCUUGAUUCUGGUCCUUGUAGACCAUGGAUUUGGGUUUAACAUGGAUGAGUGCAAAGAAUCUAAAUGUGGGGGUCAUGGUCCAGCAGUCCGAUUCCCUUUCCGAAUCAAAGGCCAGCAACCUGACUCCUGUGGUUACCCUGAAACUGGGUUUGAUCUAUCUUGCUCAGAAAGAAAGGAGACAGUGCUAGAGCUACCAAAUUCAGUGAAACUCUUGGUCAAAAAUAUAGAUUAUGUUGCUCAAGUGAUUUAUACAAGUGAUCCACAAGAUUGUCUUCCAAGACAGCUUUCCAACUUCAAUUUAUCUGCUUCUUCAUUCCGGUUUAGGGACAUUGGCCUCUUCAACGAUCAGUCGUCCUUGUUCAACUGUUCAUGGAGAAAAAAUACGUUCUUUCAAAUGCCUUGCCUCAGUGCUCCUGGCUACCAAGUUUAUGUGUUUAGUUCAAGAGUUUCCAUGGACAAUAUUGCUCUUUUGUAUUGUGCUAAGAUGUAUGAUGUUUCACUAGUUCCAGAUGACAUGAUUGAUGGAAAUAAUAUUCUUCAUUUGAAUUGGUCCAUUCCAAGCUGUGGAUCUUGUGCAGCAAAAGGCAAAUUUUGCAGAUUGAAGGCUAACACCACUGAACCUGAAAUUGAAUGUUACGGCAAGCUCAGGCAAAUUAAAUGGUCAUCCGCAAAAUUUGUAGCCACAGGUAUAGUCCUGGUUUUGAUUCUUCUAGUAGUAGUGGGGAUUGUUGUUUACCGCAUCUACAGCUUCAACAGAAUUGAAAAAGAAUAUCAAUCUAAGAUUGAAAAAUUUUUAGAUGAUUAUAAAGCUUUCAAGCCUGCAAGAUAUUCCCAUGCUGAUAUCAAGAGGAUCACAAAUCACUUCAAGGAGGAAUUAGGCCAAGGAGCUUAUGGAACUGUGUUUAAAGGAAAGCUCUCUGAUGAAAUUCUUACAGCCGUUAAGGUUCUCAACAAUUCCCAAGGAAAUGGAGAAGAAUUUGUAAAUGAAGUGGGAACAAUAGGCAAAAUCCACCAUGUCAAUGUGGUUCGCUUGAUUGGAUUUUGUGCUGAUGGAUUCAGACGAGCUCUAGUUUAUGAGUACUUACCAAACACCCUAGAGAAAUUUAUAUCAUCACCAAAUGCUGAGAACCAUUUUCUUGGAUGGAAAAGGCUGGAAGACAUUGCUCUUGGGAUAGCCAAAGGGAUUGAAUAUCUCCACCAAGGAUGCAAUCAGAGAAUCCUCCAUUUUGACAUAAAACCACAUAAUAUCCUGCUGGACCAUAACUUCAAUCCCAAGAUCUCUGAUUUUGGCCUGGCAAAGUUGUGUUCUAAAGAUCAAAGUGCAGUAUCCAUGACAACAGCAAGAGGAACCAUUGGCUACAUUGCUCCUGAAGUGUUCUCAAGGAACUUUGGGAACGUUUCCUACAAGUCAGAUGUUUAUAGUUUUGGAAUGUUGGUGUUAGAAAUGGUUGGAGGAAGGAAGAGUACUGUUGAUGUCAAAGAAAGAACAAGUGAUCAAAUAUACUUUCCAGAAUGGAUUUAUAAUCUUUUGGAAGGAGGAGAAGAUCUAAGGUUGGAAAUUGAUACAGAGGAAGACAAUGGAAUUGCAAAGAAACUUGCAAUAGUGGGUCUUUGGUGCAUUCAAUGGAACCCAGUGCAUCGUCCCUCCAUGAAAACUGUUGUGCAAAUGUUGGAAGGAGAUGGAAGCAAUUUAACAACGCCUGCUAAUCCUUUCACCUCCACAGCUCCUGCUGAGAGAAUUCAUCCUAAGAUUCCAAGUAGAAGUCUUUAUCAAGACUUAGAGAUCAUCAAAGAAACAGAGUAAUUGUUUACUAGUACUAGAUAACAUUCACUAACUAGAAGAACACAUUGUAGCUUUAUUUUCAUUAAUAUAUGGGAAAUUAUUGUUUUA